AUGGCAGAUACUGCUGCUAUAGCACAGUCGACGCACAACGAUACACGCUGUUUUCAAUUCACUUGGCUGGGUCCUCGGUAUGACAACCAGAGUGUUUUUAUGAAUGCAACCUGUAGCGAUGCGACGCAACUUGCCGAAGGUGUUCCUUGCCAACACCCCUUAGUAGUUUCAGAGGAUGGAACGUGGCCCGAUAUUGAUUAUAUAUGGACCCACCACUUUGCGGAUACAACAUGUACUCUUUCACGGAACGAUGUUUGUGCUAAAUAUACAUUCUAUUUUAACGGCCAUCCUGAAAACGCGACCUAUAUGUGUACCAGAGCAGUGGAUACUUUGGAUACGGCAAUCACGAGUGGGUGUUACGAACAAACAUCUGGAAGUUAUCGUACACGCGUGUGUUUCUGCAGGUCUGUCCCAGGAGGAGUCCCUUGCAACAAAGCACCGACUACACAAACUACCUUGUUAACAAGUCUCAUAUCUAUUUUUUCAAUAUUUACGUUCAUUUCAUUUAGAUUUAGUACUUUACUAAUGUAAAUAAAAUGUA